AUGUCUGUUCCUCAAUGGAAAUUAGGAGUCAUUCGUUCGGUGAAGUUCUCAGAUAUCUCUGUUCGUUACGUCUGGGACGAGGCGAAAGCGAUUGAUGCCUUUCAGUGUUCGGUUGAGUUGACAAACGUUUUGAAUGGUGAUCCACCGAUGAUUCCCAACAUAUUAUGGACGCUUCUCGAGGCAGACCGAGAGAGCUGUGACACAGACUCUUAUCAUCCCGACUCGCGUGAGACAAGGUGCCAUCAUGGAAAUGGAACGAUCCAAUACCUGCUGCUCGGUGAAAAGGAUAUGGUUUAUAUGUGCUCGACUCCCACAACAGGGGCCAUCUAUAGUCCACUCAAGUCCUGCUGGCUGAGUGGAUCAGCAACAACGCUCGGUGUGCUUGGUCUACAAAAACCUACAGAGGAUGCAAAUUCUAGGAUUACCGUAUACGCUGCUCUCAUGGUCGCUUUUCCUAUACUGGCAAUGUCAGCCACCAGGCUGACGACGACAACAGUUGUCACAACAGCACCUCCAACAGCAUAUGUUCAAGUUUUCGAGGCAAACGCCGUGCUUUACAGCAGUAUCUUUAGUUUUCUGGCUGGAAGCAUUGUGGAUGUGGAUACUGUGGAGGACCGGACUACUAUCGGGACCAACUGUAUCCAUAGCCUGAUCGCUAACUGCUCGUUGGAGACUGUCAGUUUCCCCCCUACGUUUACCAUGGGACCUUCAACGUACAUACACAGCUCAAGCGGCUCCGAACGAAAUUCCCAGCAGUACACUAUCGAUAUCGAUUCAAGGGCCUGCAGAAUCGUUUCUUCAACCCAAAGCGCAUCCUGCGAGUUUUAUGCAAGCUACUGGUAUUCUGACCCCAAAACGAGCACGUCCAAACAUAUAACGCGCCAUACGACGUUGAAGUCUUCAGAAAUCAAUUACCACAACCUAUUAAUUACGGCCGGUGUGGAGAAGCUCCCAACUCCAGUGACGACGUCGCAGACCCAAAAAAGGACCGUCCCCACGGCUACUGCUUUGCCUUCUACUACGGCCGCUGCCUCUUCGCCUAGCUCAUCUUCAGAAUCACGUCCUUCAAAAGAGUGGAUCGCCGGGCCGGUUGUGGGAGCCGUGGCUGGGUGCGGCCUGGUCGCAGCUGCGUUAUACCGGUGUCUCAGGCGGAAAGGACAAGAAGAGCCAUCGGCUGAUUCUGGACCGAUAAUCCAGGAUCCUUCAGAGGAAAUUAGGGGACUCAGCAGCCCUGCUAAGUCUGUAUGCGAAGCGGCUAUGCCAGCGGAAACUCAGGGCACCCCUGUAUCCGAACUUCCAGCAGAUGAGCCCUCAUGCAUCCAACAUACUACCUAG